AGCUAGACAGUGCGCCCUGAGCCAAGACAUGCGAUUUAUCGCGAAAACAUUGAACGUCCCAAGGAUCACGGAUUUCUGUGAAACAUAGCAAAUCUUUGGUGCUUCGCACCUUCAUCAGGAUGGAGGCGGUUAAGGCAUUUAACGCAGAGCUCUCAGCUCUGUAUGAUGUUAAACCACCAAUUUCCAAAGCUAAGAUGAAUUCUUUAACUAGAGGUGCAAUUAAGGCAAUUAAAUUCUAUAAACAUGUUGUGCAAAGUGUCGAGAAAUUCAUCCAAAAAUGUAAGCCAGAGUACAAAGUGCCUGGAUUGUACGUUAUAGAUUCAAUUGUACGUCAGUCCAGACACCAAUUUGGGGUUGAGAAAGAUGUCUUUGCUCCACGCUUUGCCAAGAACAUGCAAACUACUUUCUUAAAUCUUUUGAAGUGCCCUCAGGAAGAUAAAAGCAAAGUAAUAAGAGUUUUAAAUCUUUGGCAGAAGAAUGCAGUGUUCCCUUCGGAGGUUAUACAGCCCUUAUUUGAUCUUGCGGAUCCAAAUCAUCCAAUACAUAAGGAGCAAGCAGUUAAUACCAAUGGUACACUGAUUGCGUCUGCAACAAAUAAUGUUGGUAAUACUACAACUUCAGUAAAGACUCCCCCUUUGACUGCAAAAAAUGCGGUAAAGGAUCAAAAAUUAUUUUCUUCCGCAAAGCCAAUCGAUCCUGCCUGGCUUGCGCAAACAAAAAUAGAAACAGCAAAUAUAGUUAAUGCUAAUAAACUUUUAGGGCAAUCCAAUUCAACUCAAAUGGAUGUUUCUUUCCUUGAUCAGUUACAACAUUUACAGCAGUUAUUAUUAAAAAAGCAGGAGUCCACAAAUGAACAGAAAAGUUCUGUAAAAUUUGAUAAAAAGCUCUUAGAUUUUGAUUAUGGCGAGGAAGAGGAUGAUGACGUUGUUGUUGCUAGUUCACCAGCAGCGACCGCAGGAUCUAAUACUGGUCAACACAAUACAGUUUCAACAGGAAAUAGUUUGGAGAGUCUUGGACUUCUUUUAACAAAUCCAGAGGUUUUGAGACAACUUCAAACAUUACAACAAACAAUGCAGGGAAGUACUUCCUCAUCACAGCAUGAAACAGAAGAAAAGAUGCGGAAACUUCAGCAAAUGAAGCAGCAAGAGGAAGAAUUUGAUAAACAUCUGGCUCAAACUGUUCCUAAUUUACCAUUUGCAUCUGAAUGCGAAUUAAAACCAUCAGACAUUUUGAAGCCAAGUCAACAAAAUACUUAUACAACAAAUGUAAGUAGUGGAGUCAUACAAGAUAUGAGUCAACCACCUCCUGGUUAUCCACCGGCUCUACCGUAUGCCUCUCAACCCUUAUCAAAUAUUAGGCAGAUAAAUCAGCAAGCGCAUCAAAAUCAAAAAAGUCCACUUCUUGACGAACGGCAGGACGCGCAAGAUUAUUCUGGAAAUGGUGCAAGGCGAGAUAGUAGCAGUGUAGAAAUUGUAAAUUGUGAAAAUACAAGAUCGCAGAGUAGAUCGCCUGAUCGAUACAGACAUCACAGUCGAUCUAGAUCACCACGACACAGAGAUAGGGAUAGAGAUAGGGAUAGGGACAGGGACAGGGAUCGAGAUCGAGACAGAGAUAGAAAAUCUAGAUCAAGAAGCAGAUCUAGGAGGAGAAGGUCUCGUUCAAGAGACAGAGGUCGUGACAGAAAACGGGAGGAUAGUCGAGAGAAAAUGACUGAGGAAGAACGAGAAAAAGAAAGAGAAAGGCGUAAACGAGGAUUACCACCAAUUGUGAGAGAUAAAUUAAGCGUUUGUAGUACAACUCUUUGGGUGGGACAUCUAUCGAAAUUAGUACACCAAGAAGAACUUUCAGAUACUUUUGGAGAAUUUGGUGAUAUUGUCAGUAUAGAUUUAAUUUCACCCAGAGGUUGCGCCUUUAUAUGCAUGAAUAGAAGGCAAGAUGCAUAUAGGGCUCUUACUAAGCUUAAAAAUCAUAAAAUGCAAGGAAAGGCAAUCACUUUAGCUUGGGCUCCAGGAAAAGGGGUGAAAGGAAAAGAAUGGAAAGAUUAUUGGGAAGUUGAAUUAGGAGUUAGUUAUAUUCCUUGGAAUAAAUUAGUUAAUGUUACUGAUCAAGAUUUAGAAUUAUUAGAAGAAGGAGGUAUGAUUGACGAAGACACUCUACCACCCAAUCUAAAAGGUAAAUUAAAGCAUUCCGGGACAAAUGCAGAUGUACUUCAACAACAGUUGCAAUUACAACAGCAAGCAUUAGUUGCAGCUGCUGGAAUUCCAAAUUUGGCGGAUGGUAUUGUAAAUGUAAUGCAACCUUCAACUAGUGCUCAACAGCAACAAUCCCAGCAACAAACUUCACAACAAGGUCAACAGCAGCAACAAGUAAUCGAUACAAGUCAACCUCCACCAAUUAGACCCCCUACAUCAGCCGCUCUUUUACCGCCACCAAAUACACAAUUACAGAUGAUGCCACCUGCUUUUACAAUGCCAGGAGUUCCUCGUAUGAUUGGACCAAUGGGAUUACCGAUGGCACAUAGUUUAAUGCCGAAUGUUCCCAUAGGUGUGCCACCUCCAAAUAUGCAAAGUUUAUUAGGGCCACCGGGAAUGAUGCAAACUAUGUUAACACCACCUGUAAAUUCUCCAUUUGGAGCAGGUGUUGGCGUCGGCUUAUUAACUCAAAUUCCUUUACCAGCUCCAGCUGCUCCAUCUGAUAAACCUAAUUCUACUGGUAUGCCACAUAAUGUUCCUCCAAUAGGAGUUCCUCCUCCAACAACAGAAACAGGUAUGCCAAAUUUACCAAUGUUACGCCAACCAUAUGGUGUAGGCCCUUCUGCGCCUUUGCAAAUGCAACUACCUCAACAACAACAUUCUGCUGAUGACAUGGAUGUAGAGAUGGAAGAUGCAAUGCCACAAAGUUCAAAUGGAGCAAAAAAUAAAAGUAAUUUAACUGAACAACAACUUUCACAAAAUGAAGAACGAGCAGAAUCUGAUCAACAAGUAGAGCAUCGAGAUUAUAAAGAAAGAGAGAGAGAUCGGGAAAAUAGGGAAAGAAGAGACAGAGAGACGCAUUUAUCACACAGAGAUAGGGAAGGUACUGACUCUAGAAUGGAUCGCGGAAGAGACCGAGGUAGAGGGAGAGAUAGGGGACGCGAUCGUAGAAGAGAUCUUAGAGAUAGAGACAGGGAUGACAGAAGAGAAAGGGAAAACCGGGAAAAUCGAGAAGGAAAUCCACAAACUCAAACUCUUCAGGAAAACGAAACUACUCCAAAAAAAGAUGGGAAACCAAGCUUAGCUGAUCGUUUGCGUCAAUUGGCUGAUGGCACACUACCACUUGAAGAUCGUGUCGAUCGAAUAAUACCUCGUAAUCGCCAGGAACGAGAUAGAUCCGACAGAAGUUUUGAUGAUUCUCGAUCGGCUCGUGGAGAACCCCUGUCUUCUUUAAUGGAUUUGCCAAAGUUUGGUUUACCUCAAGAAAGAGGUGAUUUUCCAGCUCGACCACCAGAUUUUCGUAAUCCGCAAGAUCCGAGAGAAUAUCAACAGCAAAGAGACAGACAAAGUUUCGGAAGAGGUCAUAGAGGAUCACAGAUACACGAGGAAUUUAUGGAUGUUCCAAGGUUGCAAGGAGGAAUAUAUCAAGAGGAAUUUGAUAAUAGAAUACAUGGACAACAAAGAGUAGAAGAAUUCGGAAGACUUGGAUCACUCAGAGAACAAAGGGAGGAAUUUGAUAGGUCUGAAGUACGAGGAAGGAGACCACUCGAUGAUCGGGAUCGGUUCGAUUAUGAAAUUAGGCGAGAAGGUUUUGACCCACGGCUUCAAGAUGGUUUUGACCCAAGGGGACACCUCGAUCGGGGUGAUUUUGAACCUAGAAGGCGAGAAUUCUUUGGAAUUGAUCCUAUUUUUGGGAUGCCGCCAAUAAUGGGACCUAGAGGACCUAGACCUGGACAUCCUGAUGGGUUUGGACCGCGGCCAGCUCCCUUAGGAGCUCGUGGACCAGGUCCAUUAAUGUUCCAUCCACGAGGUUUGGGACCUCGUCCUCUUCGUCCUGGUAUGAGGCCUUUUGGUCCUCGUGGGCCACCUUUUGAUCCCCGAGAGCCGGAUGCCUUUUUCAGACCACCUUUUGAUGAUAUUCGCCCCCAUGUCAGACCACCUUUCGGUCCUAUGGGCCCGCCAUCCAUUAUUCCUCCGGAGUCUGCUGCUCCCUGGAGAAAUCAGGAACUUCCGCCUUCUGGUUCCUGGCCUUCCGAUUCAGAGAAUCACUCACAAAGGGAUAAUCUUAGGGACAAAAAAGGUGGUAAUAAACAUCCGAAUAACAUGGAAAGAGAAAAUCGAAAUAGGGGACGAAAAUCUAGAUGGACUAAUGUUAGUCCAUCUGGAGAGGAAAUUGAAGAAUCAAAAGAACAAGAAUCAACCUCUGCGAAUGUUGAAGAAAAAGAAGAACCUGCAAAGGAAGAAGAAGUAGCUGUGAAAGAAGAAGUGAAAGAAGAAAUUGAUAUGAAGGAAGUAAUCUCUAAUGAACAGAAGGAAGAAUUAGUAGAAACGGUUGAGACAAAAGAAGAAGAAGGCAUUGAAAUGAAGAAGGAGGAAGAAGAGGAUUGCAGGGAUUCUUAGACCAAAGUAAAGAGCGAUUUUUCUCUUUAAAAUUUUUUCUUACUCUGUGGAGUGGUGUGAGGGAGAAUUCGUUGCUUCAAUUUGGGUCGAAUUGAAACAGUCAAUUUUAGAAAAUGAGAUACUGAAUUUUAGAAUAAUUGUAUUCAAUCGAUGACAAUUAUUGUUAAAAGUAGUGGUAUUCCGUUCCAAUUCUAACCUCUGUAAUACUGAUAAAGUUACUGCUUGUUAUUAAAAGUAGAUCUUAAGGAGUAAAUACAACGAAGAAAUUAUAAUUAAAAAACAUAAAAAUGUACGAUUAAUUUAGUUUAAAUUAAUAAAUUCGUAUAGAAAUCUAUAGUGACUAUACUAUUCGCGAGGAAAAUGUAUCAAAAAAAGACAUUUUCAUUAAUUUUUGGAACUUUAUCACAUUUCACAUUAAAAAAUUAUCUUGUGCUGUUUUGAGAUAUGUGUAAAACGAAGACAACAGAAAAUACAUCAUCGAUUGAAUAGAAUAAGAUAUCUUUAAUUCAGUGUUUCAGAUUUCAAAUAAAUUGAUUUCGUGAUCAAUUGGACACUUGGAAAGAAACUGUGAUUUGUAAACACAGGACCUAUGACCCGUGGAUACUCCAAGUGGCGACUUAUUAUUUAUUAAAUUGUAAAUACUUUUGUAUUUUCGUAGUGAACAAACAUACAAUAUAUUCGAUUUAAAUAUAUAUAUUUAACUAUUUCUUAGGAACUUUUGGAAAUACAAGAAUAGUAUUUAAUUUAAAAAUGAAUAUAAAAAUGGAAAUGAAUAUUUUCCACCAUGAAUAGAAGAGAUUUCGAAAUGACUUAUUUUGAUAACUUAUUCAACAUUUUUAUUGAGCUAUAUUUUAGUAUCUUUUUAGAAAUAAAAUUUAAAAGGUCAAAUAUGCAUUUUUUGAAUUGUAAGAAUGAUAUGUUUUUAAUUUGUAAAAAGUGGUUAAUAGUAUCAGUAAUAAUCUGAUAUAUCAAAUUGUUUAAGAAAAAAAGAAAUAUUCGUAAGAAAAAUCUUCAUUUUUAUUGCCAUUUUCCGUUUUAUACCAGAUAAUUUUUAAAUAUCUCUUUUUAUAUUUCCAACAGUCAAAGAAACAAUUGAAUGUAUACAUUUAAGUCGAUCGUACUGUAUAGAUAGACAAAUCUUAAUAGUAGGAUCUUGAUUAACCGUGUAUCGUAGAAACUUAAAGUAUUUUCACAUGGACAUUUUUCGUUGAUUGAACUCUUGUUCAUUUAAAUUUUUACGAUGUUAUAUCCAACUAACAAUAGAUAGAAGGUUAUAUAAAAAAAAGUACUGUGUUUGCAACCGUAUUGAUUUAAAUAAAUUUUUAUUCUAUUUGAAUAUUAUGUUAGGGAUACUUAUCUUGUUUAAUAGAAGUAAUUUGAAGUUAACAAAUUUUGCUCAUUUAAAGAGAAAUUAAACAAUCAAUCAACAGAAAAAGUCAAUGGUUCAAACAAAUAACCGUGAAUUCGGAUAAGCAAGAUUCUACAACUGCAAAUAUUUAAAUAGAUAGAGAGAGAGAUUAUAUAUAUAAAUAUGCGUGUGUAUGGAAGAGAGAAUGUAGAAAAUUGACAGAAUGUUUGCAUGCGUAUAAAUGAUUAUGAAAGAGAGAAGAGGAGAGAGGGAGAAGAUGAAAAAAAGUGAGAAUAUAUAUAGCACCGAUGUUCGGCGCGGCUCAAUCAAACGAAAAAUAAAUAUUUUCUAUAUAA